AUGGCUGUCUACAUCAAGCAGAGCCCUCCGCGUGAGGGAGUACGGGGAGGGUGGGAAGACUUCAAGUGGGAAUCCCUGAAGACACAGUCCAACGCUGAUCGCGACUAUUAUCUCGGGGCGAGCGCCAAGGUGGGCAUCUGCACUACUGGAGGGAAGUUUGAAAAGUUUGAUUGGUGGACAAAAAAGAAGGAUACGGGGCCGCAGAAGGGAGGAGAGGAUGAAGAACUGCAAAGAGUGAAACGGUUUGAGCAGCAACUACUUGAUGAAGCUCUGGGGCGCCGGCCUCGCCAUCUGCUCGCUGGAGAGGCAUUGGCAGACGAAGCAGCCCCACGGUCUGGCCCCGCGGCGAAGUCUGAGGCUCCUGCAGUAGACCGUGAUGCUCAGAAGGCUCUCAAGAAGCUAAAGAAAGAGCAGAAGAAAUUGAAAAAGCUGAAAAAGAAAGAACAAAAGAAAGAAGCGCGGCUUCUCCGGAAACUAAAGAGAGAGCGCCGCAGCACUUCCCCCUCUGCCCGUGGACGCUCUUCCUCAGCUGGAAGAAGCAGCGGAAGUGAUCGCGAAAGCAAACGACGAAAAGAUAGGGAUGACGGGCUCCACCACAGGCGCACCAGCAAAAGCCCUUGCAGUGGAGAACGGCUGACAGGCGUGCGAACUAAGACGCCUCCCUCAGAAGACAGGCACCACAGGCGCAGCCGUGAAGCCAGUACCAGCCCCCGCAGAGAAGACUGGAAAAGUGUGAGGACAAAGAGACCUCCAUCAGAAGAGAGACUUCCCGUGGAGAGAACUUUGCACUCCGACGAGCUAACAAGAAGGCAGGGACGCAGGAAACAGGCUGACGACGCUUCCCGCAAGCGCAGCCAUUCCCACAGCCGCGAAAGACACAGCCACAAGAGGCGCCGGCGGUCGCACUCUCAGCCAAAUCAGGAGGAGAGGCAGGAGCGGCGCAGGCACAGGAGCAGCCGGGCUACUGGAGAAGACAGCGACCGUAGGCAGCGGCAUACAAGAGAAUCCGAAAAAGAUGGCGGGCAGCUCCGUUCGAAUAGUGAAAGGGAAGGCAAGGAGUACAAGGGACUGCAUGAAAACGUUAAGAGAGAGGAACGGAGGUCGCGCAGCAGGAGACGGAGCCGUGAGGUGUCCGUAAGUAGAAGGGACAGCGGACAUUACAGCCCCAGAGAGGGAAGAGGUAGUGGAAACCAAAGAGGAGUCAAGAAGGAGCUGCUGGAAGAAGACAGAGCAAGGGAAGAGAGGCAACACCACCGCCGGCGCAGCGAAACGCGGGACGACAGGAGGAACUCCGAAAUUUUGCGGAUUAAACGGGAGCCAUGA